AUGACAGCUUCCGCGAGGUUUGAUUGCUGCAGUGCCAGGGGACGAGGACGAAGCUAUGGCCAUCGGAAGCAGAGAGAGAAGUCGACGAGGUCGACGAGGGAGCGAGCGAGCGAGCGAGUUGUCGUCGUUGAGCCGACGCCAAGAACGAACGAACGAAGCGAAGCGGCCGAGGAACCCAUCCAGUUAGCAUUCCUCGUCGCCGCGAGGGUAGGGCCGGAGGGGAGGGCCGCGCUCCUCGCCCGGCCCGGCCCGGCCCGGCUUAGGGCACGGGCGGGCGGGCGGGCGGUCGGUCGGUCGGUCGGUGGUUGGGACGAUCGAUGGAGAGCGAUGAGAGGAGCGAGAGAGAGAGAGAGAGAGAGAGAGCGAGAGCCGAGGGAGAGCAGCGCAGAGGACAAGCGCUCGUGGUAG